AUGGUAAUACGUCAAGUGAUAACAGAACCAUUCCAUAUCAAAAUCAAUGGUAAAUGGUUGUAUAUCGAUCAAGAAACAUUGGCGAAGCAUCCAGGUGGUAUUGCAAUGACAGCUUAUCGUGAAACUGACGCAACUACAGCAUUUCAUAUAUUUCAUUCUGGUUCUAAAUUGGCAUAUCAAAUGAUAACGGAAAUAUCAGCAAAUAAUGUCGACUAUGAACCAACAAAGGAACAGGAAGUGUCGAAAACAUUAUCAGUGUUAAGUGAUGAAGUUGUUGGCAAUUGGAAUUUGGAUGAGCAACGUAUCGAAACGAUUAAUCAGAAUUUUAAUCGUUUCAGAAUCAAGAUGCAAAAAUUGGGAUUUUUCGAAGCAAGUAAUGCUUUCUAUGUUCGUAAAAUAUGUGAAGCAAUUGGUUUGCUAUCAUUAGCAAUAUUUUUCCAACUGCAACAACGAUUCAUUUUAUCAGCACUGAUCUUGGGACUUGCUUGGCAACAGUUAGGAUGGUUGAUUCAUGAAUAUGCCCAUCAUCAACAUUUCAGGAGUCAUUAUUGGAAUGAUUUAAUAUCAUAUAUUGUUGGAAAUUUACUACAAGGUUUCUCAAGUGGUGGUUGGAAAGAGCAACAUAAUAUGCAUCAUGCAGCAACAAAUGUUAUUGGACGUGAUGGUGACAUUGACUUAUUACCAUUUUGGGCUAUUGUACCAUCAGAUCUACAACAAAUGCAAGGAAGUUGGAUAUUAAAAAUUAUACCAUAUCAGCACAUUUAUUGGACGAUUGCUUUCCCAUUUUUACGAAUUUCAUGGCUUUUGCAAUCAAUCAUUUUUGUUGCAAAUAUGCCAAAUAGUCCUUUUGAGAUUCAUAGAGAAAGGGCAACAGUUGAACGUUUAGCUCUGCUGCUACAUUGGUGCAUGGUUUUCACUCAACUUUAUUACUUACCAACAUUUCAAAUACGAUUAAUUUAUUUUUUCAUAUCACAAUUAUUUGCGGGAUUUCUCUUGGCUCACGUUGUUACUUACAAUCAUUAUUCCACACCAAAAUUUAGAAAUGAUGAUCAAAUUUUAAAAAGUUACGUCUGUUUGCAACUUUAUACCACCAGAAAUAUGCGACCAGGAAUUUUAAUUGAUUGGUUAUGGGGUGGAUUAAAUUAUCAAAUUGAACAUCAUUUAUUUCCAUCUAUGCCAAGACACAAUUUAAAAAUGGUAAUGCCAUUAGUGAAAGAAUUUUGCAUGGAAAAUAAUUUACCUUAUAUGGUAAAUGGAUAUUUUGAAGGAUGGCUAAUGGAAAUUCAACAAAUGGCUGCUGUUGCAAAAUUAGCUCAACAAAUUUGUUAUCGAAAUUAA